GACAGUCUGACAGGUUUCAAGCUCAACAGCCUGACUGGAUAAUGAAACGUCAUAGGACACAUGUGUUUGGGUCAGUACUGCUUCUGUAUGUAUGUGUGUGUGUUAAUGUGUGUAAGGAUGGCUGAUUUGACUUACAGUUGCCACAUUGUGCCUCCUUCUUGUCUUGCUCUGUCUGGCUUUCAAGCUGACUUCGUUGCUGCUGUUUCAUUCUGUGCAAAAAGUUAAUAACCAAGAGGGGAUUCAGCUUUUCCAUGACAAACUGCUGCAUGCAGCUGAGCCUCACGGGCCCACUGAGAGGCCAUUAGCAUCCUACCUGCCUUACCUGUGGUGGUGUCUAUAGAAACACAAAUGAGAGUGGAAGGUGUUGUUGCACUCACCUUUGAGCCUUGGUAAACAACAGGGAGUUCCUCUGUGAAUAAAUCGCAAUCUAGUCCACUCAGUCAGUCACCACGCUGCACUGGAGCCUGCUGAAGAUGUGAGAGGAGCUGUUGACAGAAAGACAUUUGACUUUCAGAUAGAGAGGAGCUUGUUAGGUGGCUAUACAUACACUUGGGGCUAGGUGGUGGCUGCAAUAGGAGAGGGCAUGUUCUUGAACACAGCUUCUCCCCGGCGGUCGUUCAGCAUCCCCAUUAACAUCAACCUGCAGGGUGCUCGCAGGCGGCAGACGCGGGAGGUCCUCCGCACCACAGUGGCACAAGAGCAGGAGUGGAGCAAAGGCGUAGAUGGACGUGGAGGGGAGCGAGCUCGGCCCCAGAUGCCAGUGUCAAGUGUUGGGGAGGACAGAGCCAUCCUGCUGGGCUUUUCCAUGAUGGCCUUCUCCGCGCUCAUGUUCUUUUUGGUUGGCAUCACUACGGUCAAACCCUAUGUCAACAGUAACUGGAAGGAGGAGGCCAGCUGUGUGCUGCUGCAGGCCGACAUCCUGAAGGAGUGGGUGGACUGCAGAGGUGUGAGCACCGUGCCGUGCCUCAGGGUGACAGUUAACCUCACAGCCUCCAAUCAAAGUGCUUUACUGCACUUUGAUGAAGAAUCGGUCUUCCUCUCUCCCGAGUGUUUCUACAUACCCAAAUGUCAGAUGGACAGAGCAGCUCUUCAAGACGAAGUCCAGAGAGUGAAAACAAUCGUGGCCUCUAAGCUGGAGAACUCAUCAUGCCUCACCGACCCCACUGGUACCCCCUGGUACCCCCAUGUCAUCUUAAAAAGGAAGUACACGUUGGAGACUGUCCUCUUUGCACUGCUGUGGCCCUGUCUCCUGCUGGGUGGUGGAGCCCUGCUGGUGGGCCUCGUGAAGCUGACACAGUUCUUAGCUCACCUGUCCUCUGAGAUGUGCAGUGAGACUGCAAGGAGCAGGCUGACAUCAGGACACACACGGGGGAAAUUGUACAGACUCCACCGGAGGUCCAGCAUUCAGUCGCCCACUUGACAUAUUCAGCGUUUGUGCUGCCAAUAACUGUAAAACAAACAAGCCAAAACACAGUUUGUUGUCAUGUAACUGGUGCACAUUGUGAACAAGGGCUGAUAGGUAUAAAGCCUUGUAAAUGACAGACAUUAUGAUAAUGUGUAAAUAAAUGUAAUAAAAUCGUCUAUUUCAAUAGGGAGAAAUGUUUUUAUUCAACA